UAAAAAAGAACAUAGCGAUUAAAGUGAUUUGACCGUUUGGUUAGCUGUCAAAUAAUUUGACAAUGAAGUUAAGUGUCAGUGCGUACCGCGCGCACGCAUCGGCACAUAAGAAGAUUCUCACUUCAUCGUACCAACAGCACUAUGGGAGUACAGCCGCGCCGCCAUCUUGCAAUACAUUACCCUUUACACCUCAAGCCGAAGAAGGAACCAGCAGGACGUCGGAGGGCGAGGAUAAUGACGGUAGUGAUGUCAACGCGGAUUCCUCUCGCGCCGUCUCAGCUGCUACCUCGAGGGACGAGGACGACGACUCUAGCAACAACGCUAGCAAUGAAAGCAAGAGCCCUGGACAAAGAACAAAGUCGAAUCAGAGAUGGAUGAAACUGCGUACAACGGUGCAGUUGAGUUCAGCAAUACAGAAGAAACCACCGUUGAAGAGGGAGGACUCCUUCUUGAAGAGGUUCUCCACGCGGCAGAUACCAGAAACGCAGGAAACAGUAGAAGACACAGGUUCAGAAGGAGCGACUGGAGAGCACAGAUCAACGACAAGACAGAGGCGGAGGAAAGUUCGAGCGCCAAGAACUGUGGUCAAUCCAGAUGAAAAUUUCUACUUCUACUGGCUCUGGCUGAUCACACUCUGCGUGUUGUAUAAUCUAUGGACACUUAUCGUCAGACAGAGUUUUCCAGAGUUACAGGUGAUGUGUCACUACUUCUGGUUGACGUGUGACGGGCUCGGAGAUAUCGUGUUCGCGUUGGAUCUGGUUGUACAGCUCCGAACUGGAUAUUUGGAACAGGGCUUAAUGGUAUAUGAUUCAAAAAAGUUAGCAAAACAUUACCUCACAUCGCGGUCCUUCCUUCUGGACAUAGCGGCUCUAACUCCCUUGGACCUCCUGCAACUGAAGAUCGGCACCAACCCUAUUAUACGCUUCCCUAGGUUUCUUAAGGUAUAUCGCGCGGUGAGCUGCUACUACAUAGUGGAGUCGCGCACGGUGUAUCCAAACUUCUGGCGCGUCAUCAACCUCAUACAUAUCCUAUUGAUCCUCGCCCAUUGGUUUGGAUGCUUCUACUUUUUGCUCUCUGAGGCUGAGGGGUUUCAGGGCGAUUGGGCAUACCCCCACCGGCCCGGUGAUUAUGCGACGCUCACGAGGAAGUACCUGGGUUCCUUAUACUGGUCCACCCUCACACUCACCACUAUAGGGGACCUGCCAACGCCGGAAACUAAUGCUGAAUAUGUAUUUACAAUUGUGAGCUACUUGAUCGGUGUGUUCAUAUUUGCCACCAUCGUGGGCCAAGUUGGCAAUGUCAUCACAAACAGAAACGCCAACAGACUCGAGUUUGAGCGCCUUCUCGAUGGUGCCAAAACAUACAUGAGACAUCAUAAGGUGCCGGGCGGCAUGAAGCGGCGCGUGCUGCGUUGGUACGACUACUCGUGGUCGCGCGGCCGCAUCCAGGGCGGCGGCGACAUCAACACCGCGCUCGGCCUGCUGCCCGACAAGCUCAAGACGGAGCUCGCGCUGCACGUCAACCUCAGCGUGCUCAAGAAGGUGACGAUAUUUCAAGAGUGCCAGCCAGAGUUUCUUCACGACCUGGUCCUCAAAAUGAAAGCGUAUAUUUUCACCCCUGGCGAUUCAAUAUGUAGGAAAGGUGAAGUGGCUCGCGAAAUGUUCAUCAUAGCGGACGGCAUUCUGGAAGUGAUCUCGGAAACCGGCAGAGUCCUCACCACUAUGAAGGCGGGGGACUUCUUCGGCGAAAUUGGGAUUUUGAAUCUAGAUGGAUUGAACAAGCGCACGGCGGACGUGCGCUCGGUGGGCUACUCGGAGCUGUUCUCGCUGUCGCGCGAGGACGUGCUCGCCGCCAUGAAGGACUACCCCGAGGCGCAGGACAUCCUGCAGACGCUCGGCCGCAAGCGGCUGCAGGAGGCCAAGACCAUGUCGCGGCAGAAGCCCAAGCCUGAAGGCAGCCCCGAUAAAGCUGGCGGCGAUGACAGCACAUCAAAGAGAAUCGUCCACAAGUUGCGUACUGAUGUCAAGGGCAUCCGCAACGCGAUCCGCAGCCGCUCGCGCGCGGGCGCGGGCCGCCGCUCGGGCGACUCGCUCGAGCUGCGCGACGCCAAGCUGCUGCGCCGCAUGCCGCGCGUGGCCAGCGACGACCACCCCCCGCACGAGGAUAAUGUUGGCGAUUCAGCUUCAGCUGCCAAAGAUGGGGAAAAAGUUGUGUCACCUAUUGGAGCUGGCCUUCCUUUACUUUCACGAUUAAAACUGCUGAAAGAAAAACAGGAUCGCGAAGAAAAAGUAUCAAAGCAGUGGAAUUUAACGACAUCAAUGCUGUCUCCACCACCUUCUCAACCCACACCUUCCACCAGUUCUGCUCCUGAUGCAGAACCAGAGGUCAUAGGAGCUGGGCUACCACUCAUACAAAGACUACUUUUACUUAAAGCAAAAGAAGAAAGAGAAAAGAACCAAUUAACGCCUACGGCCAGCAACCAACCAUCUAGCUCAGAAACUAUUAGCCCUAAUUCGAUAAAAAGCCCCUUGAGUCCUACCAUCAAAACUCUAAGUCCUUUAAAGAAAGGGUCAGAGCCAAGUUCACCCGGAAAGCUACACAGUCCAACGACUAGAACGUCAAGGAAAAAUUCCUCUGGAUCCAGUGACGGUGCCUCCAAACCUAAAGUGAGUUUUAGAGAUAAAAUAUUACAAGUGCAAAGUGAUGGUACCGCUGUCUGUCAACCACUUAAUAAGGAUAUUAGUGAAAAACCAGCUGCCGUAGUAGAACCAACCCCCAAAACAGAAAGUAAUUUAAUAUCCAUACCACAUUCUGUUGUAAGUAAAAUUAAAUCUCCUGCCAAAGUUGUCGGUUCAACUUUUCGGGAUAAGUUAAAAAUGUUACAAAAUGGAAGUUCAAAAGAGCCUGAUAGCGAGAAGAAUAAAUCUUCAGUAGAUAAAACAUCACUCGAAGUCAUUCCAAUUCAAGCAAAGGAUAGCCAAGAAGAUUGCAAAAGUAAAAAGCCUUGGAGCAAAUUAAAAAAGGCAGCCAUAUUGGGAGACUCAAAAAGUUGUAGUAAAAGUAGUAUAGAACUCAAAAGUGAAAGUGAUAUAGCUAAAGAGGUGGUAGCUAAGGUAGAAACAGGUGUAAAUAUUAGUGCUCCUAUUGUAGUUAAUACGGCUGAGCUUGUUAAGAUAGACAAUAAUAAUAUUGAGAUUGAUAGUGAUAAGAUUGAUAAGCCAAAAAUAUGGUUAACAAGCCCUUUAGACCCCGUCCAGGAGAAAAUAGAUUUAUUAACUUCGUCUCCUAAGAACAAUGGUUCAAAAUCAAAUGACGUUAAAAAAAUUAUAACGAGCGGAACAAUGCUUUUACCUAAAGCGAAGAAAUACAAGUCGAUAGAUGAUUUAUCUCCAGAAUAUGGAGGAUUGCCUUUUGUGAAGAAAUUAAAAAUUUUAAACGAAAGGCAAAAGUUAGCUGAAUUAGAAAAAGUUGUAAAAAUACGUAGUUCUAGUUUAGAUUGCGCAAGUUCUUCUGAAGAUUUGCUUUGCGACACCCUUACUCGAAGUCAUUCAGAAGGAAGUACAAUGGAUAAGAGAAAGUUCAAGAGAAAAUCGAUCGAUUCCCUCGGAAGCCACGAAUCGAAUGAGACAUUGGAAAGGCGAACGUUAAAGUCAAUAUUAAAGAAAUUAUCCGAAGAUGUAACGCCAUCGGAAAGCCCCCAAAGAAAUAGUGAAUUGAGAAAAUUAAUACGAGCACCGACUCUGGAAGGAUAUGCGGCAAGGCAUUCAAAGUUUGCUAAAAGCGUGACUUUCCAUCGGCAUACUUUACCAUCGCCGCCCGGAAGUGCGUUGUCAGAUAUAGUCGAUGACGUAUUUGAGUUACCAGAACCUAAAAAGGAACCGCAAAUAUCUCCACCCCUGACAGACGUUCCUCCAGAUGCAAUUUGUCCCCAGAACCAAAUAAUUAAGUCUAAUGAAACUGUGCUACAUAAAGAUUAUGGGCUCAAUAUCAAAACUGAAUAUGAGUUGCAACAGAAUAUAGACUUCAAGUCGCUGAGACCGGAAGAAAUUAAAGUGCCUUCUGAGAAACCGAAAAUAACUUUAAUAUCUGCUGUUGCUAAUCAACGGAAACUAUUUAGAGCAUCUUUGGAAGAGCAAGAGUAUUUCGGAGAGGUGCUAUUAGGUAUUAAACAAGUUAUAGAAGGGCAUUUACAUGAAGUUCAAGGAAAAUUUCAGGAAAGAUUUAACAGCCUAGAAAACGAAGUUCGAAAGCGUGAUGAAAUUAUAAGCCAGCUUCAGAAUAGGAUACAAGAGUUAGAGAGAUUAGGUCUGUCUACAAAUUCAGGUCCAGUUCUACCUGAUCCGCUCCGAGAUACUAAUCCAGACACUAAAACACACAACGACACUUCACCGAGUGAUGGCUCUGAAAUUAUUGGCGGUUUUAUGAGAGGGGACUCUCUCGAUACAAUCUUCGCCACAUCUCCCGGCGAAGAGGAGAAAAACAAACAAACAAAAUCCGAGCCUUGCUCAAGCAAAACCGUAUCCUGUGAUGACCUCACUGAGGAAAAUCUACAGGAACUUACAGGAGGAAUAGAACUUUCCAAACUUUCCUAUACAGAAUUACAAAGCCUAGCCGAAUCUAUAUCUAGGUCGGAUAAGACUACUUCUGGUAAAGAGAAAUGGAGCGUUAGCAAAUCUAAACGGCUAGAUUUGAACCUGGAUGGGAAGGCUGGGACGUAUUCGAGGAAGCGGGCCGCUAAGAUUCGACAGAGGAAGUCGUGGGACCAGGAACAUAACGACCAAGAGGCGGUGGAAAUGCAGGAUCUCACCAGAUGCAUAUCACCCCAGACCACCUCGGAGGACCGUUCCCUCCUCAGCCCGGAGCAGUCGAGCGCCCGCUCCCGCCGCGGGAUGCCGUUUCACUUCUUCGGCUCGCACCUCGACACCAAGUCGAAGAUCAAGAAGACGCUCUCCGUGGAUACCGGCAUGCACCACACGGGGAGGAAGGAGAAGGUGCGGUGCGGCAUCCCGGAGGGCGCGCGCAAGUUCAGCCUGGGCGCGUGGUUCGGGCGCCGCGCGCCCCACACCGACGUCGUGCUCGACAUCGCCACCGACUGCAGCUGGAGUGAUACCACAUCAACAUCGAGCGACUCGGAGUCGAUUCCCCACACGCCGGUGUUCGAGGAGUUCCUCUCGGGCCGCUCCCGCGCCGGCGCCGCUCCCGCUGCCACAGGGUUCUCGUGCGGCGGCGACUGGGAGGUGCUCAUGCUGGCCGACGAGCUGGAGCGCCGCGAGCGCCGCGCGCUGCGCGACCUGCGCGACCUGCAGGAGGAGUCGGACAGUCCGCAGCGCGCCGACAGCGGAGCGCCCGCGCCGCCGCCCCACUACCAGACUAGAUCGGAAUCGUCCCUCCGGCCCUCCCGCGGCGUCAUCCUCCGCGCCGCCAGCCUCGACCGCGAGGCGCCCCACUCGCGCUCCCUCCCCCACUCCCACUCCCACUCGCUCUCCCACUCCGCGCACUCCCACCCGCUGUCCCACCACCACUCCGACUCGCUGUCCCACUCCCGCUCCGACUCCCAGUCCGACACCCACUCCCUCUCCCACUCCGAGUCCCACUCGCUCCCCCACUCCCGCUUCCCCCUCAAGAGCGCGAGCGCAGACUCGCAGAGGAAGAGACUCUGAUCCGUCGUACAGGCUCUGGCCGUCAUACUAAACUCGAUAGUUCCAUAAAUUAUAACAAAUAUAGGUACUGAUAUAUUAUGUAUAAGUUAAAAAAAAAUCACAAAAAUGCGUUUUAUUGGUUACCUUGUGUGAAUUACUUGCGAUAUGAAAUUGUUGCUUUUGCUAUAACCCUUAGAAAAAUUUUUUGAAACAAAUUGUCCGAACACGAUACAUUUCCUUAGAAUUAUUUUCUUUUCAUUUAUUUACUCGAUUGUAAUAAAUUUGAACCACAAAUAACUUUAAUUUUUUUUUUAAUAAGUUAAAAAAUAAUCUACACCAAUGUCAAUGUAUGAAGACACGAGGCUAUUGAUAUAAUUUUGAUAUUUAUAAUAUUACUCAUGAAUAUAUAAAUGUAGGUAUGACAUGUAUGCAUAAAAUUUAAUCAAAAUACCAGUAGGUAUGGAGUACCAUAUUUUGUCAAACAUUCAAGCAAACUUCUAAUAUAUUAUAACACAUUGAAUGCAUAAUGAUUGUUUUUUUUAUAAAAUCUGUUUCUUUGUGCGAUUUCAAAUUUCUAUAAAUUUUAUAGAAAUUCCACCUCAGUUAUUACCUAUUCAUAUUUUUAAUAGCAACGGACGAGAGAAUCAUGUUUAAUCUAUGUAUUAUAUGACCACAUCGGGUCAAUUAUUUAAUUUAUUAGUACUUUAAUCAAAACCGAAAUAAAUUUUCAACUUACGUGUUUGAAAAAUAAUAUGUUUAUAGUUAAAUUGUAUUAAUUAAGUAUCUGAAAUACGUUAGCGCUUUUAUGUUAAUAAAUAAUCAUAAGUAUUAUUUAAAAUGAAAUUAUAGUAAAUAUCUCGUUGAUAAUUUGUAUAUUAUAUUACAAAGGAUAUGUUGAAAACAUUAUAAUUUUUAUAUUAUUAUGCAUGAUAAAAGUAUUGCACAAAAACUCCAUGAAAUAAUUCAUACUGUAUAAGUACAUAAUGUAAACCCAUUUAAUGUUAAUCAUUAUGACUUAAGUUAAUCACAUGACUACAUCAUAUUAUUUAUAAGUUAAAACCUCCAUCUAUGUAUCUCCUAAAAGCACAAUUUUAAAUUUAUAUGGAAUAUAAUAUAUACAAUUAAUAUAUUAUAGUUACCUAAUUAGGUAGGAUAUACAUUCUUACAAUCGCUUUAAGUAGACACGAUCCAAAACCUGUGCCAAUAAGUAGGAAUUUUUUAACAAGUAAAUGGUAUGAAAUAUAGAUAAUUCUAGUGGUAAAUUACAAAUAGGUAUGAUAAUUGUAAAUAAAUCAUUAUAAAAUAAUUGAGAUUUAUUAAUUCGUAAAACAAUGUUUCAGAACAAAUUAUAUAUGUGUUAACCAUAUUAUAAACUUAGUAGUAAGUAGAUUGUAAAUAAUUAAAAUUUAUGAAAUUAGUGAGAAAAUUUCUAAUAAAUUCUAAUGUAAUAUAUAUACCUAUAUAUAAGGAUAAACUAUCCACUUAUAUAACGUGGCUAUAUUGACAAAAAUGAUCUAAAUCUAGCAAUUUUUAGAUAUUAUAGAUUGAGCUAUUAGCACAAUGUAAAGAACAACCUCAUUGUUUGACCGACAUUGUUAGAUACUAAGAGAAUAGAUAGAACCUUAUUUAUACUAAGAAUGAGGAAUACUUCAAGUGUAUUAGAAUUGUAAAGAAAGAAAUAUUAAUAAAUAAAACGAUGAUAUAAUAACAGACUUUUAUUUACCGAUGAAGGCAAAACUGCAAAUUCACAUUUCAUAGCGAAUGAUUUUUUUAAAUAUACCUUUCUUCUAUUUGUGCAUGGUCGUUUUUUUAAAUGUAAAUUUCAAUCUUCAUGAUUAGUCACAGAACCUCAUGUGAAAUGAUUAUUUUUACUAUUUCCAAGUAAGGCAUCUGCAGGCUUCUACAAGGUAGGAGGUAUGAAGGCAAAACUUUUGUUUUGUAUUUGUUUUAUUUAUUGGUAUGUAAAUUUUGAAUAACUUAAGAUAAUUUGUUUAAAUAUACAAAAAAUUACAUCUACCUUAGACACAAUUUUUUGUAUAUUUCAGAGACCAUUUUUUACAUUUGAUUUUAUUGUUGCCCUUCCUGCUUGCGGGCUGUGUUUAGUGAAUCAUGGUUUACAGUCAUGUUCUACAUUCCGAGAAAAGAACCGAGUCAUGGACAAAGCAUAAAUUGGAUAAAUAUUUGUCAUUGAUGUUUAAUAUUCUUAGGAAAUUCGUUUAAAUUUACUUUUUUAAAGAUUUUAUUUAGUAUAUUAUAUAUGAGAACAGUUUUUCUUUGACACAUGAAUUAAAAAAGGAACAGACCUAUCAAAGGACAUACAAUACUAUUGCAUUUGAUAAGAUUGAAUGAAUAUCUAUCUAAUUUGUUACAACUACAUUCUUAAACUCUAAUAAAUGCUUGUCUAAGUGUGUGCUUUUUUACAAUAAAAUGACAAAUUUCUGGUCCGUUAUAUAUUUCUAGCCCUGAACAAUGUAUUUAUCAAGUAGUGUUAUUUGCAAUAUUUAAUAAAAAUAAAUAAUUUCUCACAAAUAAUGCAUACACUAGGAACUCAAUAAAUAAAAUUUACUUAAUUGGCAGAUAGUUAAACAUGGAAUAUAUUUGAUUAUAAUAUAUCUAACGAAA